AUGGUAAAAUUCGAAUCUUACAAAAUUCCACAAGGAAUAAAUAAUCAAACAACGCAACUACUAACCGUCAAAUCAAUAAGAAGACUUAGAAGCGAUGAACACAAGAUGGUUAAUUAUGACUUUAAUUCUCCUUAUGAGGUAAAAAUAGAAGAAGAAGUCGUAUAUGACCCCAAUGCUAAUAUCGUUCCGGAUGCUGAUGUAUUUUACUAUUUUGUUGACAAUUUAGGAAAAAAGGUUCAAAUUCCCCUUCGGAAUAAGUAUGUUGACCAAUAUGGGCAAAGCAUCUACUCAGUAAGAAGCGAGGAAGAAGUUGUAAAUUGCAUUAACCAAGGAAAAGUUAAAUAUCAAAAUCUAGAGGAAAAAAAGUUAGCCCAUCAGGAGAUAAAAGGUGAAGACAAUAAAGAUGAACAAGAGAAAACAUUAGAUAUUCGUAGUAAUGGAAAAAUUGAUCAGGUCAAGUUGAAUAUAUAUAAGACUUCCAAAAGUAACUUGGAUGCUAUUAAGAGAAUUAUUUCUUCUACUCUUGAAGUUGAUGAUGGAGAAUUAAAUGUUGAACAUCGCACAAGUAUUGAUGACAACUCAAAAUACCCUGAGGAAGGCAAAAAGGAGGAAUUUCAGAAUUAUUCGGAAGGUAGUAAUAGUAAGUUUAAAAUACACGAAGAAAAAAUCACUGAUGAUCAUCAAAGCAAAUUAACAGUGUUUGAAUCUUAUAAAAUUCCUUGGGGAGUAAAUGAUGAAACUAAGCGAAGCACAGGAGAAUUAACUAUCAAGGGAAUAAGAAGACUCGAAUAUAGAGAGCAUGGUUUUGGUGAGGAUUAUGAUUCAAUAAAUCCUAUCUAUCGUGUGGAUGUAGAAGAAGAUGUAAUCUAUGAGGAAGAAAAAUCGGUCGUUGUCUCUCAUUUUAUACGCUUUUUUGCUCAUGCAGAUUGUGUUGAUGUUAAACCUGCUAUGAUUAACAAUGAUGCUCCUAUUUUUUACUACUUUGUAGAUGAAAAAGAAGUUUUAGACAGCAUUGGACAAGAAAAAAAGAAAUGGGAUGAUUUAGGCUACACUGAAAGGGAAGACCUAGUGCAAAAAAAUAAGAAGUUAGUCGACAGGGAAGUUCCUAAAGUUAAUGCCCAUGAAAGCAAUGAAUCGCUGGAGAUUAGUAUAAUGAUAGCCCCAGUUAUGCCUCCUGAAUUAAACAAAAAAAAAGAUGAGUUCAAAGAGGAUUAUAGUUGGAAAGCAGAAAAAUUGCCUUCUAGACUGAUUAACAUUAAUGAUGCUGAGCAAAGUGUCGCAAACGACCGGAUAGAAAAUAUAAAAGCAGAGAAAACUGAAGAUCAUAGUGACAUAAAAAACUAUGCUAUUCUGUCUUAUGUCUGGGGAGAAACCAAGGAAAAUGAAAAAAUAAGUCAAGGGGGGAAGAAAGCCUUAGUUAAGGCUAUUGAAGCAUGCAGUGGAGAAUAUGCUUCUGAAGAUAAAGUGUCUUUAAGUCUGAGUCAAGCACUAAGAGCAAUAAGAAAUCGAGGAAGAAGUGUCGCUAUAGAUGGUAUAUACUCAAUACUUGGUUUACUUCCAUAUGGAAAUCAGGUAGCAAUUAAUUAUUCAAUAGACCCUAAGGAUGCUCUGCACAACGUCAUGAAAGUUGCUACACAACGAGGAUAUGGAGAACCGCUUGCUUGGCAUGGAUUAGGAAGUCAAUUAUCAGGAUUAUGCUGA